AAACUUUCUCUCUCCUAUUAUCUCUGUCUCUCUCUCUCUCUCUCUCUCUCUCUCUCUCUCUCUCUCUCUCUCUCUCUCGUCUUAUGGUGGAGGAAGACCAUGAAAACCAGAAACGGGUUGACGAUUUCUCACUCAUAAAUUUUGUGUCUUACUUAGUCUAGUUUUUUCCUCAGAUAUUUAUUUAAUCUUUCUUGUUCUUAAAGUUGAAGACUUUGUGGCUCAGUUUUUCCGGAGAAUCAAUCAAUGAUGUUGUUCUGCUUUUGAGAAUUGUUUUGUGCUUUUUGGAUAAGCUUUAUACUUUCGAGUGGGUUUAUGUUUAUAUACCUUGAAAGGUAGCGAAAGCUCUUCUUUUUGGAUUGAGAAUUUUUGGUAUUGGGAAAGUUUAUUGGGUUUGAGAAACAAACUGGGUUUUCUGAAGAUUAUGAAUUUGGGUUUUGGGUUGAAGUUACUGAACUACUGUUUUCUCUUUACCUUGCUUAUUUACGGUAGGGCUACACGAAAAGAUAGCAUAAGGACUUUGACCUCUGUUUGAAACUUUACCAAAUUUGGGGAAAAGAAGAUGAGUGUGGUUUUGAGAACUUGACUUUCGUACUUAGUCUGAAUCAUAGUGUUUCUUUCCGUUAUUUGGUGACGUUUUGGGAAUUGGGGUGUGGCUUUGGCUGUAUUCACUAUUCAGUAUAUAGUUGUGGUGGUUUAGCAAUUGUUGAUCAGAUUGAGGAUUCAAGGAGGAGUUUUUGGUCAUUGUUCUGCUUUCUGUCAAAUAACUUUUUGAAUGCUCAGGUAUAAAAUAAACCUCGUUUGAAUGGGAACUGAUGUUGCUGAACUUGCGGGAGCAGUCUCGAAUGCUCGCUCAUUUAAGGUUCAUCGUUUAAUGUGCUUAAAGCUCAAGGCAUUAGUUGAGAGAAUUUUGAAUAUAAAACCGAAAAUAGAAGAUGCACGACCUCGGUGCUCAACAGGAAUACAAGCUUUGUGCACAUUAAGUCAAUCCAUCGAUAAAGCCAAGACAAUUCUGGACUAUUGUCGCGACUCUAGUAAACUCUAUCUGGCAUUAACGGGGGAUGUGAUACAGUCAAGAUGUAACAAAACGAAGAAGUUAAUCGAGCAGAGUUUAUCCCAAAUUCAAGAUAUGGUUCCAGUUUUACUAUCAGCAGAGAUUUCUCAUAUGGUUGAUAAUCUUGCGGUGGAAACAUUUGAUCUGGAUCAUUGUGAAGAAGAGGCUGGGAAGGUUCUACGGGAGUUGAUCCAAAGAGGUACUUCUUCAUCAGAUUCCAUGGAAACUUCUGAAAUUAGAGCUCUUCAACUCGCAGCAUCAAGGCUCCAUAUUUUAUCACCGAAGGAUAUUCUAAUAGAGAAAAGAUCAAUUCAAAAGUUGCUGCGUAAAGUUUCUGAGACUGAUUCCACUAAGAAGAAGAUAUUAACAUACUUUUUGUAUCUAUUCAAGAAGUAUGGAAACUUGGUCAUCCCAGAUCAAACAGAAAGUGCCUCUGCUUGUCAUCGAAGCUCGUUUUCGUUGGAAAAUUCUGGUAAUGGCUUUGUUGCUGAAGUGGAACCGCGUAUUAGAUACAGACAGCAUGAUGUUGAGAACAUAAUGAUGAGAGGUGUGCUCCCUGAGGAAUUUAGGUGCCCCAUAUCUUCCAAAUUGAUGUAUGAUCCAGUUGUCAUUGCUUCUGGACAAUCAUAUGAAAGGAUGUGGAUCCAAAAGUGGUUUGAUGAGGGUCAUGAUACCUGUCCAAAAACUAACACGAAAUUAAUGCAUUUUUCAAUGACUUCAAAUGUUGCCAUGAAGGAAUUGAUUUCAAGGUGGUGUAGUCAAAAUGGGGUCAAGCUUACCGACCCUAGUACAGUACCAGAAGCACCACAGUCAUUGGAGUUUUCUUCGACUUCCAUUGCUAGCUUUGGGAGUUCCAUGAAUGACAUUCGACUCCAAAUGGAUUUCAGCAAUAUAUCAAUUGGAUCUGUAGACAAUAGUUUCAGUUCGGAUUCUUCACGCAAUAAGACAACUAAUGGCUUGAGUUCUGCUCAGAUCGAUGAUGGUUUUGGUAAGUUUCAGUCACCUCCUAAAAACAACGAGCCAGAGUUGGAAUUUUUAUCCAACCUCGGGGAGCUUUCUUGGGAACCGCGAUGUAAGGUUGUUGAAGAAGUCAAAAGGCAAUUGAAGUGCAAUGAAAAAAUGUAUUAUUCUUUGUCAAAUGAGAAUUUUGUUGAACCACUCAUUGCAUUUUUGAGGGAUGCACAUGAUUCUAAUGAUGUAAAUGCUCUGAAGAAUGGAUUGCAGUUAUUGUUGGCAUUUGUGAGCAAAAACAGAAAUGAAGUAUUGUAUCUACGUGAGGAUGCAUUUGAUCUCUUAACAUCACUUUUGGAUUCGUCAGUAGCUGGAGAAGUUUUCACCAUCAUGGAAGUUUUGUCCUCCUACUCUUAUUGUAGAUCAAAGAUCAUGGCUUCUGGUGCUCUAGCAUCAAUUAUAAGAGCUCUUGACUCACAGAACCGAGAUUUACAGGAGCGCGCUGUAAAGGUUUUGCACAACUUGUCCUCAAAUCAUGACGUUUGUUCUCACAUUGCUUCUUUUGAGUGCAUCCCGAAGCUGGUUUCUUUGCUUUCCAAUAAAGCUCUUGUUGAAAAGUGUUUAGUUAUAAUGAAAAAUCUCUGCACUUCUGAAGAAGCAAGGGCAUCUGUUGCCGAGACUAGCGGAUGCAUUGCUUUUAUUGCUGAAGUUCUCGAAAAUGGCAGCUCUGAGGAGCAAGAGCAUGCUGUUGAUAUCCUCCUCUCUUUAUGCUCUCAACGAAUUGAAUAUUGCGAGUUGGCCAUGGAAGAGGAGAUAAUCCUUCCUCUUGUCAACAUUUCUAAGAAUGGGAGCGAUCGGGGUCAGGUGAAUGCAUUGGAACUACUCCGACAACUAGGAGAUGUUAGAACUGAGCCUGAAUGCCCUGCAUUAGUUGAUCUUGAUGCUAACAAAGGCUUAAGCAAUCAAACUAAUGAAAGAAGACCAUCCAAGAGAUCAGCAUUCUUUUCGGUGUUCUCAAAAAACAACGGGAGGAGAAAAUGAAGUGCAUGUCUUCAGUUAGAUUCAGAUAAAGUAGUCUCAGAAUAUUUUUUGGUGUUCAUCAAUGAUCAGUUGUGAGAAUUUGAGAGCUCUGUUCUAAAAUGGAAGGAAGAUGCUGCUUAACUCUAAUUAUUAGUCAGGCUUGAUUUUUUGUUUUUUUAAGCUCUACUAGUAAUGUCUUGUCUAUUUUUAUUAUUAUUAUUAUUAUUUAUUUAUUUUAUAUAUAUUUUUCUCUUAGGAGUGCUAUUUUAUUGUCAAUCAUAAUUCAUGGAUACAAAAAAUGUAUAGUUUUGUAGUAUUUGAUGUAUAUCAGCACUAAACAGUAGACUUUUGGAUUGAUUUGCAUGCAUAUAUAAUUUUGUACAGUUUACUUUUGUUGCAA